UCCACCUCGACGCCCUACACCCCGUCCCUAGACAACCUUCAGUUUCGUUGCCACUCAGUCUCUACAUACGUCAGCAUGGCCCUCAAGCGCAUUAACAAGGAACUCAUUGACCUCGGCCGGGACCCUCCCUCAUCCUGCUCCGCCGGCCCUACUGGCGACAACAUGUUCCAGUGGCAAGCAACUAUUAUGGGCCCCGGCGACUCACCUUAUGCGGGCGGCGUCUUUUUCCUCUCCAUCACCUUCCCCACCGACUAUCCCUUCAAGCCUCCCAAGGUCUCGUUCACGACGAAGAUCUACCACCCGAACAUCAACGCGAAUGGCUCAAUCUGUUUGGACAUUCUGAGAGAUCAAUGGAGUCCAGCGUUGACUAUCUCGAAAGUUCUACUUUCGAUUUGCUCAAUGCUUACCGACCCGAACCCUGAUGAUCCUCUUGUCCCCGACAUUGCGCACCUAUACAAGACGGACCGUGCGCGGUACGAGGCGACAGCGCGCGAGUGGACUCGCAAGUAUGCUAUGUAGUCUACUUUCGCUCGCAUCCGGAUGCUAUGCCUCUGCGUGAGUUGGGGUGAAUGUGUUAGCUGCUGGAGGACCGUUGGGGGGAUGAAGUGAAUGGAUGGUGUAUGAUUUCGCGUGUCGACUGCAUCUCUCGAACCCCAGUACAACUCAGCUUUCUUCUCGUACUAUGUUUAAUACAUCAUCGAAGCCGGAUACAACCUGGAGGGUGGUUCGUCUGAGACUGCAGAUCCUUGCAACACACCGUCUGUCUUCACUUCGGGAUUCACAGCUGCAUGUAUGAAGU